AUGGUGGUAGUGGACGCCUCUAAACGUCUGAAAGAUGUAGUAGAUGAAGAAGUGUGUGACCAGGACGGCAGCAUGUUCUCGAAAUGGACCUACAAAGACUACUUUGUCUUCUGGAUAAAGUCUAUACACACCUAUUGUGGGACAGAAAAGGAGAGUGGACCAGACCCGGAAGUCAUCAUUGUGGCAACGCACUGGGACAGAAAUGUUUAUCAGAAUAACAAAGAUUGCCUUAUAACCAGUUUGCAGUAUCAGUUUCCGACAAAUUCUACCUUGGGUGCAAAGUACAUCAGAGACGACAAAAUUUUCAUGACACAGUUUUCACAGGAAUCUCCGAUAGAAAUAUUGUCUGAUCUAGAGAAACACAUUAUUGAUAUUGCAUGUCAAGACAGGUGGGCUGACAACAUACCAAAAGAAUGGACUUUUAUGGAAAUUGAAAUCCCCCAAAAGAAAUCCUCACAAAGAAUAGAAAGUAUUGAUGAAAUAUCCAAUAAAAUGCCAAUGGAAUUUCAGAAAGCAGUAACCGAUAUGCUGAGAUACUAUCACGAUGCCGGGAAAAUACUACACUUUAAUGAGACGGACUUGCAGGAGUUAAUCAUCAUUGAUGUACAGUGGUUUGUCGACGCAUUUAAGAACAUAAUCACAGACAAACUACAUCAGAAAGGAAUCGAGGCGUCUAUGGAUGAUUGGGACGAGUAUUACCAGACAGGACACCUCAAAGACAGUCUUCUUACAGAAAUCUGGCGGAAGAAAGACCAGGAUCUACACCAAGAAUUACUGGUGAAAGGCAGGGCAGCCAUUGAGGAUGAGACAUCAGAGGAUCCACGGUAUCUGCUUCCUCACAAAGACGAGAUUCUGAUGUUUAUGAACAGACUGGGACUAGUAGCGGCUGGUGAUGAGUCCCACUAUGUUCCAUGCAUGAACCGGGAAGAAGUAGAUAGAGAACUUACAAGCACAAUUUGUGGAUCAAACGAGAAAUCUUUCGUUCUUCUUUUUCAAUUUGAUUUUUUGCCUUAUUUUCUGUUCUAUCGGCUUGUUGUUUCAUGUAUGCAGAUGGGGACAUGGGAAGUACUUAGGAGCAAAGGCAAACCUUGUCUCUACAGAAAUGUGGCUCUGUUUUCCACCAAAGACAAUCACUUCGCAAUCGCCGUUACAGAAACAGCGAUCCAGCUUCAGGUAUAUCACCCAGUGCUUGACGAAAUUUUGGAAGUUGAGAAAACCUUGAAUAUUCAAAGGAUAAUAGAGGGGAAAAUGAAUGAAAUCACAUCUUCGUUUCGUAGAGGAAUGAAGUUUAUUGGAGGGUUCAUUUGCAAAAACGGAAAUGAUUUGUCGAACACAUUGAACAUUGAAGGACAUUUCAUUUCGGAAUUAACACUGAAAAAAAAAGAGAAGGUGGUUUGUCCUUUACAUCAAGGAACAGACCUUCACGUCAUCAACACGAACGAAAUGACAAAAUACUGGGAAGUACAGAGUAAGUAA